GCUGUGGAGGCCGCUGCGCUUCUCUGGCAGGGCCGUCUCUGGGACAGGCGCUCCCCGCCGGGCCACCUGCGGCUCCUCCUGGAACCUGGGUCUCUGUGGGAGUGGCAGUUCCGACUUUCCCAUCCUCCUCUUGUGCUGUGGUUCCCCUCAGGCUCCGCCAGGAGAAGACAGACACCGUCCGCUGCAUCAAGUCCUGCCGCCCCAACGACGUCACCUGCAUGUUGGACCCGGUGCACACCAUCUCCCACACUGUCGUGUCGCUGCCCACCUUCCGAGAGUUCACCCGCCCUGAAGAGAUCAUCUUUCUCCGGGCCAUCAUGCCCGUGUAUCCUGCCAACCACGCCGACAUCAUCUUCGACAUCACCGAAGGGAACCUGCGGGACUCCUUUGAUAUCAUCAAGCGCUACAUGGAUGGCAUGACUGUGGGUGUCGUGCGUCAGGUGCGGCCCAUUGUGGGCCCAUUCCAUGCCGUCCUGAAGCUGGAGAUGAACUACGUGGUCGGGGGUGUGGUGUCCCACCGAAACGUGGUCAACGUGCACAUCUUUGUCUCUGAGUACUGGUUCUGAGGGCCUGUCCAUGGCGCAGCAUGUCUGUGCCCCCAGGCCAAGUCAUUGCCACACCAACCAUGCCUAUCCCUCGUGACAUUUCUUAAACUGAUGUAUUUGUUUUAGUGUUAGGCCAACAUGUAUUAAGCUGGGCCAGAUGAAUAAGUUCAUCUGAUGUAUUUUGGUAUUUAAAUAAUGAGUCCAAUUACUCAACUGUUUGUUGAAAACCUUGCUUAUUUUUGAACGCAAAGGUUAAAGUUUGCUCCCUUUCUCUGCCCGGGGGCUAAGCAUUGCUAAGGACCAAGGAAAGAAAGACAUUUUUCAGGGGGCAGCCAGUCUAGAUGCCAAGAGAAAACCAGUUCUUGCACUGAUCAUAUGAAAUUUGACAUUUGGUACAUUUUUUGCCAAUUGGAUGCUGUAUGUCCAAUGACACGGUUGCUGUCCAGUAGCAGGUAGGACCAGUUCUGCCCAGAAGCAGCAUGACGCGAUGCCUCGGGGAGCACUUAGAAGGUGCAUUAUGGUUCUGCUAAAGCAGGAAAAAUUCUUCGGGAAAGAAAGACAGAGCCUGUUAGGUUUGUGUGUGGACCCUGUGUGGUCAGCAAGGGAGUGGCUGGGUUUUCUCUGCACCCUGCAUCCAUCUUUUCUUAUCAGAGGGGGGAAAAUAAACAGUUUUGUGAUCCUCCUGA